AAGAAUGAAUGGAGUAUAUUUAUUUUGAGAGCAGGAGAACGUGAUGUGGGAAGACCCCAGACGCGAAGGACCCUGGUUGACCAUUUCCAAAGAUAUAUCCAUUUCCAAGGCGGUGUACCGGAAUCCAAUUCAACCUGUUCUCUUUCUCUCUCCGUCCUUCCUUGUACAUGCUUAUUGUGCUUAUGCUGCCUACCUUUGGAGCCCAGGUAUGCCAUUCCACAAGCACUGCUUACUUGCAUCGAUACCACCACCAGGAACAUGUCCACGAAAUCUUUCUCAGGAGGAAAAUGAAGGGAGGACCUUUGGAGGAACACACAAAGUGGUGGAAAACCUCUGCUGCUGCCUGCCUACACACUCCAUGCACAUAUGUAAAGAGCUACGUAAGCGCAGUAUCUCCAAUAUCUUGUUCGAGGUCCAUUCCACGGUCCAUCCAUCCAUCUAAUACCCUCUCCAUUUCGAGAUAGAGAAGGUAAUCACAACGGUGGUGUGAUGGUGCAGCAGCAGCAACGUCGUGGUACUGCUUUCCACUGAGUAAGUGAUCCUACGCUCAACGCAACACCGGAAAAAAAGCUCCACAACCAAACUAAUCCAUCCAUCCAUAAUAACGCUGCUCUUGACUCUGUUGUCAAUCCAAAAAAUUUCUCACUUUUGUCCCGUGUUUCUCCACCAACUCAUCACCAGCAACGCACGCUGCACGUCUCGCAAAAACUGGGUAAAAGUACGGUAAUUUUGCAUGGAAAAAGUGCCAAAUUGUUGGUGGCCCAGUCCGUCGUCUUUGAGGAGACCGAAGCAAAACAAGUGUUGAAAAGUGAUCCUCGGGAGGAGCGAACAUAACUCUUUGAGACUUCUUUUGAUGAUAAUAUCAUCUCAAGUUUCUCAUAUACAAACAAACUUAGGAAUCGUUAAAUUUGACCCCACGAAUUUUCUGUGUGUGGCUCGCUGCGGGAUUUAAAACUUUGAGCACGAAUCGUAACGUCGGACAGUUUUGAUUAUACGAGAUUACAUUUCAUUUUCCAUGUCCAAAUCUUGCGUUACAUUCGAACCGACGACGAGUGCCUCACAUCACAGCCAGACGAACGAGAUAUCGUAAUAAUCGUGUCAAAAUAAAUAGCAUCACGUUGACAUGCUCAGGCUGCUCUCCUCAUGAAAUAAUGAGUUCAAUUACAGUCGAUUAGCACAAGUAAUUGAAUCAGAAGGAUGAACUAACAAAUUGUGGCAGCUCAGUGUCCAGUGGAGAGAAUCACAACACGAAUGUAUAACCAUUAGGGACUUGUGUUUCAAAACCUGUCCAAACACAUCUCACAACCGCCACCACCUGCAGAUUCGCCUUAAAAGCGCAUUCAUUUGGCAACCCGUCAAACCUUGUUUGCAUGAAUGUUGUCCCGAUUUGGUCAAAUUCCCCUUUUGAGGCCGGAAUGACUCUGUAAAUUGCCAAUUCAAUUAUGUCACUUUGUUAAAGAGAGAAGAUAACCACUGUGUCGUGGCCUCAACCAUUCUGCAGACAGUUUCAGUCUAAACAAACUGAAAAAAAAAUUAUUAAACGUCAAAAACAAGAAGUGGAAGCUAUGCACUUCAUUUCUACCCACGAAUCAAGAUCGUAAAGGAUUCACGACGGUCAUUAUCAUCGAGAUCCAGUCGAGUCGAGUACCCAACAACAACUUGCUCCUGCUGUAUUGUUUAGUCUCAAUUUAUAGUUGGACUCACGUAACUCGUUCUACUUGAACUUUUGCACACAUGUAAAAAUUGUAUCAAUUCGCGACCACUGCACUGCUCAAUUUUGUGGGGUCAACCAGACUCAAGUUGUGAACUCCUGUCAGUACGUACACCCUCCUUGAGAAAUUUCUGCUGGAAACAAUGGGAAAGUGGACCACCGAGUAACUGGGGACUGCAAUUUCUGAAAAGUCUUCAACUUCUGCCAACCCACGGCAAAGACGGACGGAAGGAAGGAAGAGGCGAUCCUCCCACAAUGGACGGCCAGUGGCUUCUACUCUUGUCAGUUAUUGCUACCUCAAUUCAUCUCUCCUCAGGGAGAUUUGACGCCACGUCAGUGUCAGCAUUCUCGUCGUCCGUGGUCACGCAACCCCACAUGCCGACCACCACCCACAUGCUCAUCGACCCCUCGCGCCUGUGUCGCAAAGGACGCAACAAGAACCUUCGCGACUCAAUGAACUUCAUUCACGGGAAGACGCAGAUUGCGGUGGCCACCGGCGGCAGGCGGCACCGGAGAAAAGUUCGCAGCUUUUGCAACAAGGAGCCAGAGAUGAUCCGCGAGGCGAAGAGGGGCUCUCAAAUUGCAACCACCGAGUGCCAAUACCAAUUCAAGAAUCGCCAUUGGAACUGUUCCGCCCUCCCGAGGAGCAUCAGACGCGUUCUUUCCAGAGACACGAGAGAGACGGCGUAUGUUCAUGCCAUCACUGCGGCGGGGGUGACCUUCUCAGUGACCCAGGCGUGCAGCUCAGGUCAAGUCCAAGACUGCCCUUGCGACCGAACGCUCUCAGGGAAAUCGACGGACGGGAGUUGGGAGUGGGGUGGCUGUGGAGACAACGUAUUUAUCGGCUAUGAGAGAUCUAAAGAUAUCUUGGACAUCAAAAUUCGACGACGGAGUGAUAUCCGGAGUCUGAUGCUGCUGCAUAACAACGAAGCUGGCCGUUUGGCCGUGAAAAACAACAUGCGUCUGGUUUGCAAGUGUCACGGGCUGUCUGGAUCUUGCACACUCAAGACUUGUUGGCAGAAGGUGCCUUCAUUCCGAGAAAUUGGCGAGAUGCUAAAGCUGAAGUUUGACGGGGCAGUGCAGGUGAUUCCGGGCAACGAUGGCAAGUCCCUGGUGCCUUCGAAGGCCUCCAUCAAGCCGCCAGAGAAGGACGACCUCAUCUACUUUGACGAGUCGCUGGACUUUUGUCAGUACAGCAACAAGACGGGUUCGCUGGGAACGCAGGGAAGGGAGUGCAACGCCACGUCGUACGGCGUGGACGGGUGCGAGCUGCUCUGCUGUGGGCGAGGCUACCGGAGACGAAGGGUCACCGAGAGGAAGAACUGUAGAUGCAAGUUCCACUGGUGCUGUGAGGUCACGUGUGACACUUGCAUCGUCACAAAGGAGAUUUACACGUGUAGAUAAGCCCAAUUAUUGGUUAGUCCCCCCCCCCAAGAAAAACAUAUUUCCCAACCCAUCUCGACCACUGAUCGGUCGCCCCAUAAUUCGUACUCCCACAACGUUGUGUAAAUUUUUAUUGUAAAUUUAUCUGUAGAAUUUUAUUUGAGUUUAAGACGAAGGAGAAUAUUUAUUUAUUUUUUACUAACAAUUAUUUGACUUGUUGGUCACCAAAUGCCUUUCAUUGUAAAACUAUUAUGACUCAAUCCUUGUUUAACUAGUUUAAUUAGUAAUUAGCUUAAUUAUUAAAGUACCGACUUUUUUGGGAUUUGUAUAAUCUUGACUCUUUCAUAGUAUCGCUGGCACUCGAAUGCGUUUCUCGUGAAUCGCGAAGAAUUCUCCAGUGCCAAAGUCAGUCAUUUUAUAAGCAAUUCAUGAGUGGCAGAGUAAUUAAGGAUUUGAACUGGUAUUUAUAAUAGCUUUACCUUUGUAAUCGCGUCAACUGACUGCAACCUUCAAUGGAUUUUACUGCUCUACUAACAUUAAAUGUUAAAUGCGCUCAGAAUUUCCACGACUAUUUCAAAAAAUAAUAUGAUAAUAUUUGUAGUGCGGAUAAGUUGGUACAAUAAAUUAUUUAUUUCAGUUUUUACAAUCAAA